AUGCCGAAACUUGAUGGUUUUAAAACUACCGAUUCAUUUCGAUUUGAUCGCGAUAUUUCUUGUUCAUCUAUAUCAUUAUCAUCUUCAUCCGGAUAUGGUUCACGAUUAAGUUUAUCUCAAACUGAUCAAUCAUCAUCAGCACAUCGUCGUAUUAGUAUAACAAAAUACUUCAAAGAAAAAUUAUCGAAACAUAAAAGUUUAGCAUCGCUUCUUUCAUCAUCAUCACCAUCACAAACAACAAGAAUAGAUACAUCUGAUCAUAAUUCAGAUAUCUAUGAUAAUGUUUGGGAUUUAGAUAAACAAAUUGAAAAAAUACGUGUAACUAUUAAUAAACAAGUUCAUUUCGAUUCUCAAUCAAUUAUUUCCAUGUCUGUUGAUACACCAAAACCAAUAAUACGUCAUCGAAUCGAUGAUCAAGAUUUAUUAAAUGUUGCUGGUUGGUAUCAAGAAGGUUUACCGAAAGAGAUAUGUGAAGAAUAUUUAAAUAAUAUUGAACAACCAAUUGGAUCAUUUCUUAUUCGAUGUAGUUAUCUUUGUUUGGAUUAUCCAUUUAUUUUAUCGUUAAAAAUCAAUGAAAAAUCUAUUGAACAUUUUUUUAUUCAACGAACAAGUCAUAAUAAUAAUUGUCGAAUACAAAAUUCAUCGAAAACAUUUAUCAAUUUAAGUACACUUGUUAUUCAUCAUACUGUCAUACAAGAAAAUUUACCUGUUACACUUGUAUUACCACGAAUACAUUCAUCGGUGAAUAUUCAACAACAACAACAAUUAUCAUCAUUAGGUUGUAUUCGCUCUGUACGAUUCUAG